UUGAAAGUGAUAUACAAAACAAUAACAGCCAGCAACUCACGUAGUACGCCGGGAGAUUUCAUUCGCGAAAGAUCGUCUAACAGAGCGUGCGUCCAAAGCCAAGUCGAUAUUCUGUUGAGGACAGUCCACAGACCAGCACGGAGAUGCGCAGCUUGAACCGUUUUCGUCUCAUAACCUUCGACGUGACCAACACGUUGCUACAGUUUCGCACGAGUCCCGGCAAGCAGUAUGGCGAGAUUGGAGCUCUAUUCGGAGCGCGAUGUGAUAACAAUGAACUGGCCAAGAAUUUCAAGGCCAACUGGUAUAAAAUGAAUCGGGAUUAUCCAAACUUUGGACGGGACACAAAGCCACAGCUGGAGUGGCAGCAGUGGUGGCGUCAGCUGAUAGCAGGUACCUUCUCGGAGAGUGGAGCUGCCAUCAAAGACGAGAAGCUGACCAAUUUCUCCAACCAUCUGCUGGAGCUGUACAAGACCUCCAUUUGCUGGCAGCCUUGCAAUGGCAGCGUGGAGCUGCUGCAGCAUCUGCGCAAAGAGCUCAAGCCGGAGAUAUGCAAGCUGGGGGUCAUAGCUAACUUUGAUCCCCGUCUGCCGGCGCUGCUGCAGAACACCAAACUGGACCAAUACUUGGACUUUGCGCUCACCUCGUACGAGGCGCAGGCGGAAAAGCCGUGCCCAGUGAUAUUCCAACGGGCCAUGAAGGAGUCGGGUCUAAAGAACCUCAAGCCGGAGGAGUGCCUCCAUGUGGGCGAUGGCCCAACCACAGACUAUCUGGCCGCCAAAGGCGUGGGCUGGCAUGCGGCGCUGGUGCACGAGAAGAGCUACUCGUACUUGGUGAAGAAGUACGGGGAGGAUAUCGACCGUGACCAUGUCUUUCCCAGCCUGUACGACUUCCACAAAAAGAUCUCAGAUGGUGCUGUGGUCUGGUGAUUGCAGUGUAUUUCUCCUAUGCCAAACUAUUUCAUCGUUUCUUCCCUUUGCUGCUCUUCGACUGGACGAGGGGUUUGCGCCAUGAACAAAUCGCCAUAGGGAUUGUGCGGCUUUUGGCUCUCGCGAUCGUACUGGGGGCCAAUGGCCCACAGCGACUCCAGAUCAUACUCCUCCCUGGCCCUUGGUGAAAAUAUAUGCAAUGCAAUGU